AUGGACAUUGGCGGCAUCGAUUACAAUAGUUUGCCUGAACACGUUCAAGUACGAUUACGUGAACUAGAACACGAAUUUGCCGAGGGUGAUAUAACGCGGCAAGGGUUCGAAAAGAAAAAACAUGCUCUGCUGGCAGAAUUCACAGAACCACCAAUAUCUCAUCAUGUUGCUGCUGGUGGUGGUCUACCACCAAUAAUAAAUAGUAGUAUGGAAAGAAACAUCAAUAUCAACAAUAACCAUAACUACAUGCAUAAUAUUGAUGAUAAUAACACGCCGCGAAUCUCUGCUGCUCCGAUAAUUGUUGAACAAGUGUCGUCGUCUCCGAUAGCAGGACCACCUGAUCGACAGUUGCAACAAUUUCAACAACAAUCGUCUUAUAGUGCAAAUCCAUACUCGAAUCAAAAUUCACACAUAAUGCAUCAAAGUCAUUCGCUUCUUGUUAGUACCUCUCCUUCAGCACAUUAUCACGCGUCGCCACCAAGAGUUUCACCUGUCGAUCUUACAGAAAGAGUAAGAAGCGCUGCCGGUGGUGGCGGAGGUGUUAUGCGUGGUCAAAAUGGUGAUAUAUAUCAUAAUAUUCGUGAUUCGCAGGGACCACCCCCUGCAAUCCCACCUCAACAUCCAGGGCGUGGUAUGCGUGCUUCACAACAGGUUCAUCACCAACAUCAUUCUCUACCCAUACAUACCCAAGUUCCACAACAACCAAUUUAUCAUCGACCUAAUUCUUCUCAACCACAGCCCACUCCUCCUAUUCAAUCAUAUCAUCCUUCACCUCAACCAUAUUAUGGACCGCCCCCUCCAGUUGUGCCUCGACCAUUCCGUCCUCCUGCACCAGUUAAUGUUAGACCCCCUGUUCAAAGACCGCUUCCUCCCCCGUCUCAAAAUGACAUUUAUAGUCCCCGUGGAUCUGUUGAUUACCCACUAAGAAAUAGAGUCACUGAGCAUGUUAGAAGUCAACUUGCAUACGAUGAAAAUUUGUCACGAGGUAGUUUGGAAAUCAGGUCAAGUCUUGAUAUUGCAUCAGAUGCCAUAAGUAUAAAAAGUUCACGAUCAAAUACUGAUGUUCGAAGUUCAUACGAAAAUGAAUUAAUUUAUGAACUUAUGCAAAAAUUCGGUGAAUUUUUUGUAGUGGCUAGAUUUCAAGAAGAUAAUGUGUCAAUUCGAUCAAAUCGAUCAUCUUCGAUUCCAGUGACAAAUGUCGCAUUUAAAUACGGAUUAAUGAAUGGGCAAAAUGAAAAACUUGGAAGAAGUUUAAGUCGUUCUUCACAUAACAAUCAUGCUUCACGAGUAAUUGCUACUGCUCCACCGCAAUCGUCCGAUGCUCCGAAUUUUGAUCCCGAGCUUUCAAAAUUUGCCGGAAAACAAUUCAUGCCAUUCGAACCUCGUGAUAUACCUUUUCACAUAGUAGAUCCGUUGAACCCAACUCAAAUGAUGACCACAUUUCCAGAUAUUGCAUUUGUGUUUCGACAUCGUGGAAUUUCUACGCCAAAGCGAUUAGCAUUCGUCGUGUUAGAUCCAAAAGGAAAAGAAGUUCAUGCUUGGACAUGGGAAAAAUUACAUUCUCGUGCAGAAAAGGUUGCACAAAUGAUUACUAAACAUCGACCUAUCUCUAAAGGUGAUCGAGUAGCACUUAUUUAUCGAAAAUCUGAAAUUUUGGAUUUUCUUGCUGCUUUUUACGGAUGUUUCCUGGCGGGCGUCGUGGCUGUUCCGAUUAAUGCCGCUGAAGAAUUCAUGGAAUUGUGUUUUAUUCUGGAAAGUACGAAUUCAAGAUUGGCAUUGACGACUGAGCAUAAUCUUAAAGUAUUCACUAGAGAUCUUGCAGCCCAACGUAAAGAGCUUCCGGCUAAUGUUGAAUGGUGGAAAACGAAUGAACUUGGCGGCUAUCAUCCAAAGAAAAAAGAUGACUAUCCACCAAUUCAGACAACAGAUUUAGCGUAUAUAGAAUACACGAAAGCUCCUAACGGUGAAUUGAAAGGUGUGAUGGUCAGUCAUCGGACAAUCAUGGCACAGUGUGGAGUCAUGCGUGGAUCAAUCACCGAAAAACAUUCUCAAAUCAAUCUCGAUAAUGCUGAUCUAAAUUCAUUACUUGAAAGUCAACAUUCCGAUACACUAUUGACACAUUUAGAUCCUCGACAACAAGUUGGACUUAUAUUAGGCGCCCUGUUUGGAGUAUUUUGUGGAAAUACCACCGUAUAUUUGGGUAGUCUUGGCAUAGAUGUACCAGGACUUUGGGUGAACUGUAUCUCCAAAUAUCAAGUUACAAUUGCUCUAGCGGAUCAUCCCGGACUACACCCCAUCGUUCAAUCCUUUAAACGUGAUCCGAACGCAACUUUGAAUUAUGCAAAAAAACAAAUGGCUGAUCUGUCUUCAUUACGACUUCUUUUCAUUGACACGUUGGUUGUUGACCCACAACGUAAUGAUGAUAUCGCGGAAAAUCUUUUAGGACCUCUCGGUGUACGCUUUCCGCAUGAUGUGAUUACACCGAUGAGUAGUCUACCCGAACAUGGUGGCAUGAUUUUAAGUUUUGGGGAUUUGAUAGGUGUUGAGGGAUUGGACGAUCGGUUGGAAGGUCAAAGACAAGUCAAUGAAUUUUUGAUUGAUCGUGAAGCAUUGAAAUACAAUCAAAUUGUUGUGGUGGCUGUCGAUGAACAAGAAAUUAAACAAAGAGAUGGGGAAAAAGGUGUAUUACGAGUCGGCGCGUUUGGAUUUGUGAUGCCAGAAGCCACAAUUGCUAUCGUAGAUCCAGAAACAACUGCACUUUGCUUACCAAAUACUGUUGGUGAAGUUUGGGUCGACUCUCCUUCAUUGAGUGGAGCAUUCUGGGGACUAAACACUUACACAAAAUCAAUAUUUCAUGCACAACCAUUGGUUGUACCUGAAAAUACAAGUGUUCCCGAAUUAUUCGAACAAGAGUUUUUGAGAACUGGAUUAUUGGGCUGUUUGAUAAAUGGUCAAUUGGUAGUUUUCGGUUUAUAUGAAGAUCGAAUACGGCAAUUGGCUAAAGAACAACCACCAGAAAAUGAAGAUUUAAAAGAGGUUUGGGAGUUUCAUUAUACGACAGAUUUGGAAAAGACUGUACUUACUCAUAUUUUGGGAGUUAAUGACUGCGCGGCAUUUCAGAGCUUUGUUAAUGAGGAAUUUUUGCCAAUACUAGUGACAGAAUCAACUCUAGAACCCAGCAAACUAGCUGCUUUAGUAGAUCAAAUAGUGAACACUUUACUCGAUCACCAUGGGCUUCGCAUCUACUGUACAGUUAUAUGCCCAGCGGGAUCUUUACCACGCACUUGGCGAAACGGCAAAAAAUUAGUAAAUAAUAUGCUUUGUCGAAAAUUCUAUGAUCUUGGAAAACUUAACCCUGUAUGUGUAAAGACGGCAGUUGAGCACACUGUGUUCAAUAUUCCAAUGGGAGUUGAUCCGGUUGGUGGUAUAUGGGGACUUGAGGCUUUGAAGGAUAGACAGAUGUUAAAUUCUAUUGGUCCGGGUUUACGACGUCCACAAUAUACUGGUAUGGAAAUUCCACAAAAAGUCUUAGAUAAUCAAACUGGAUUUGAUCUUCUGAAAUUCCAAAAUAUUGUGGAAAUUCUUAUAUGGCGUAGUCGAAUAACACCCGACGAUGUUGCGUACACUUCUCUGGACAUUCGUGGUCGGGAAGGAAAACCAACCUCAUGGAAAAAAUUAAACAAUAAAAUUGCCACUAUUGCAAAUUACCUUCAAAAGAAAGGCUGCAAACCUGGCGGCCACACAGUUCUAUUAUUUCCACACGGAUUGGACUAUAUCGUUACACUUUACGCAUGUUUGGUGAUCGGAAUAACACCAAUCCCGCUCGCACCGCCAGACACCAAUCGCGCAAAAGAAGACGUGCCAGCAUUACUAGCACUCUGCGAGGACUUUAGAAUUCCAUACAUUUUAUUAAACAACGAUACUGAAGCCCUGCUAAAAAGCCGACACGUUCAAGCACAUUUGAAAACUGCUGGCAAGUAUGCGGCCAAAUUACCUCCUUUUAUUAAUAUAACAAAAGCGCCUAAAUUUACAAAAACUCUAAAGGAAGCUAAUUAUGGAGUGCAGAAUCAGUGGAUGGAUCCGAAUUAUCCGGCGUUGGUGUUGUGCUAUUUCUCUUCGGAUAUGAUGAAUCGUUCUUGCGUAAAAUUGGGGCAUGAUAAUUUGCUGGCGUUUUGUAAAGUACAAAAAGAAACUUGCCGAAUGUCGAGUUCGAAAGCUAUUAUAAGCUGUGAACAGAGUUCUAAUGGAAUUGGAUUUGUGCAAUCGGUGUUACUUGGUGUAUAUAUAGGGUCACCAACGAUCUUAUAUUCGCCAGCUGAUUAUCAAGCAAAUCCACUAGUCUGGUUUGAUAAUCUUGGUCACUUUAAACUGGAAAAUGCAUAUGCAACUUCCUCAAUGUUACAACACGCAGUAGACUUUUUUGAAAAUGUAGAUUUUCGAAGCUUCAGUCUUGUAAAUAUGAAGAAUCUAAUGCUUCCAGUUGAAGGCCGGCCAAAUCCUGAAAAAUUCAAAAAAAUUGUGCGCACUUUCCUUCCCAAUCGCUUGGAAGAAGUUCACGUCAGCUACGUAUACAGUCACGUUGCCAACCCGAUGGUGACCACGCGAUCUCAUAUGUUUGUGAAGCCAUUUGAAUUGACGCUCGAUUUGGAUAGCUUAAGACGGGAAAUUGAAGAGAAUAUGUAUGAAACGAGGAUACAAGAUGUGGGAAUGGUACCAAUAUCAACGCAAGUUGCAAUCGUACAUCCAGAGACGCGUCGUCCAUGCCUAAGCAAUGAAUUCGGUGAAAUAUGGGUAGCAUCAGACGCGAAUGGUAAAUCACUAUACGGCUCAACAGAUCCGCUAGACAGAAAUCGGUUCACCGCGACCAUUGAAGGCGGUGACCCGCGAAUACGAUAUAUCCGCACCGGUGAUCUCGGGUUUCUUCAUACUCUACAAAAACCAGUCGGUGAUAAUGGAGCGUUGGUCGAGUUUCAGUGUUUAUUCUAUUUGGGACCGAUCGCUGAGACUUUUGAGGUUAAUGGAUUGAUGUAUUUCUAUUGUGAUAUUGAGCAUACAAUCGAACGGUACUGUAAUGAUAAGUGGCCUGUGAAAUUGGUGUCCGGACCUAGUUGCGUUAUAUUCCAUACGAAUGGUGAAACUGUGUGUGUAGUUGAAGUGCGAAAAACCGAAGGCAUUUUGAAUCUUGUCCCCGCGAUACUUAAAGUCGUUUUAGAAGUAUAUCAAUUUGUGCUCGAUAUCAUCGUGUUCCUUGCUCCAGAAACAUUACCAAGAUCGCGGACAGGCGAGAAACAACGAUUCCAAGUUUUUGCUGGCUGGGUUAAUAAAACAUUACCAACACUUCAUGUACACCAUGUAAAAGAACCCAUUAAUCGUAAUUCUAGUCUUGGACAAUACACCAGUCCUCCAAGCGAUCAACAACCAAUUUCGCCAACUACCUCCGUAAUCACGUCGACCUCAAAUUUUGACGUCAUAAAUGAUCAUAUCUCAUCCCUCGAUGUUUCUUCUUUAACUUUAGCUGACUCAUCAUCUUCACCACCAUUAGCACAACAACCAUCACCAUUUCUACAUGACAUCACCGUUCCUGUUGUUGAUGACUAUAUCAACGACAAAAAUUCAAUGAUAAAUUUAGCGGAAGUCGAAAAUUCGGGUGUAGCAGCUGCAUCACAGACAUCUAAUUUGCUUGACGACGAGAAUUGGGAACAAGUGGAGAAAGUAGAGUUGGAUGAUCAGCGGCAUUCCGAGAUGCUUAGUCAUUUACCGAAAAUGCCGAUAAGUGCGAUACCGGAGGAACCACCGCAGUUGCCCGUCAUGUCUUUAAAUGUAAAUGAAUAA